AUUUGGGUAUUUUCAUUUCGAUCUAUAACCACCUACCAAUUUAUUAAUUCAGAAUAUCCCGAAAGUAUUAUCACAGUUUGCUUCUGACAAAGCAUGGGCAUAGCAACUAGUGUGGAGAGGGUACUACAAAAGUGGAAUGGUGCGAGCGACGAGUAUUCGGAUAUAGUCAUGCAAAGGGAGUAUCGGAAUUUCGUUCAUAUCAUCGGCCUGUAUCCCAAUGUUAAUAAAGUUGGUUACUUUUGGAGUUUUUUCAAAAUCACCAUCAUCGGAGCCUCGCUACUGUUCCAUUCCAUCGGGCUAGUCGUAUCAACUAUCUUGUUGUACGACAUCAACUUCAUCUAUUUCAGUUCAGCCCUCCACUACGUAUUCGUUGUUGGAAUAUCUUUCUUUUAUAACUUCCACUUCAAUAAAAAUCGCAUUUUCUUAGCUCGUUACCAUUCUAGGAUGUAUUUAAACUUUUAUGAUUACCACGAGAAAACUACAGAUGAAAUAACAGAGUUGGAAAAAUCUACAGAGGUGCAGAAGAAAAGAUUCAUGAUCUUGCCAAUGUUCUCCGCUUGUGCAGCGGUCUGCAUCUUACUCUUGGCUCCGAUUUUGGACAAGUAUGGGACUUUUGAUUUUGAUAUCGAAACUUCCAUCAACUUCAAUCUUCCCCUGCCUAUGGUUUACGUCUUCGACUCUUCCACUGUUGCAGGAUACCUGGUGGCUCUUACCCAUCAACUCUUAUCGGCGAUGCUCUGCGGUCUUAUUUUCGGAGGUUGUGGAUACAUGUACAUAGUUAUGGUGUCCAGUCUGUCUCUCCAGAUGAAGAUUCUGAUACAUAGGCUGGAUACUAUUGAGGGGAGGGCUUUGUCUAUGUACGAGGCCAAUUAUGGUCCAAAACCAAAACUCAAUGACUACGAUUUGUACAGGGACAAAAGAUUUUCUAAAUGUAUGGAUAUCUGUUUAAAAAGAUGUGUUGAACAUCACAAAGUCAUUUUGAGUAAUAUCAGUGAGCUGAACGAUUUUGCUUCAAUGCCUUUGUUCGCCAUUUUCUUCGUAGCUGCUUUGAUAAUAGCACUUGCUAUGCUGGGUUCUAGUUUCUGGAAAGUAUUACCUGGAAACACCAUUGCGUCUUUAGUGCUUUGUGGAACUGAGAUCGCUUUUCUUGGUACUCUGUCUUCUUUGGGACAAUCUAUUACAGAUUUGAAUGAAGAUAUAAGGACUGCUAUUUAUGGCAUUAAGUGGUAUCAUUGUAACAAAAGAUUCUGCAUGAACAUCAGGAUUCUUUUAGUAAAGACCCUGGAACCUGUCACUUUUACUGCUUGCGGCCUAAUUAAGAUAUGUUACGAUACAUAUGCAAACAUAAUCAACUCAGCUUAUUCCUACUACAACAUCGUCAGUGCAACAGGUUCAUAAGACAUAUAUUAUCUGAAGAAAAAAAAUUCAACAUGUAGCAAAAUAAAUUCAGUGAAU